UCAUGUAUGUAACUAUCACAGUUCCCAUAUGUUUAAUGCACGGGUACAGAUCAUGAGCACACCAGUGUUGGGUCUGUCGAGCAAUGUUGACUAUGUGAAGCUCGCAGCAGUGUCGGGUGCCCGAGCGACCCGGUGGGCGGCGACAUGCUGCGCUGUGACCUGGGGCUGGACCUGGGCACGGACUGCCCAGUGGCCGGGGGCUGGGGCAUGUGGACGCCGUGGGGGCCGUGCCUCGGCGAGUGUGGCCGAGAGGGCAGGCGCGUCAGGACACGGGCAUGCGACAACCCGCGCCCCCAGCGCGGCGGUGAGCCUUGUGUAGGCGCCAGCUCCGACGCAGAGCCCUGUGAGCUUCCAGCCUGCACCAUGGAGCAGUAUUGGUACCUGGUGUCGACUGAUCCUUUGAGACGUUUACAGUUCAGGGAGAUCAGAGCGAUACAGGAAGUGCAUCCAGAGGUCACCAUCACAUGCAUCGCCACACAGUGUCCAUUUGAAAUUGUUCAGGGAAUGCUCGGAAAGCAAGCAAUGAACUACUGGAACGCUCUUCUCUGUGUUAAACACAACGUCGGUUGCCCAGUUGCCGGCGGCUGGGGCGCCUGGACCCGGUGGUCCCGGUGCUCCGCGGGGUGCGGGCGCGGGGCGAGGCUCCGGGAGAGGACCUGCGACAAUCCCCCGCCGACCCUCCCGCAGCUGACCUGCCACGGCCGCGACCUCGAGAGGCAGCCCUGCGCGGGCAGCGCGUGCGCUGCCAGGCAAGGAGGUGAGUGGAGCGGCUGGAGCGAUUGGUCGCCGUGCAGCUCAUCGUGUGGCCGCGGCUUCACUUCCCGCAUCAGGCGCUGCGGCACGGAGCGGGCAAACUCCUCCGGCUCCGGUCCGCAAGGGUGGGUGCACUCAAGUGGUUCGCUGGGAACCUGGGACUCGUGUGCUGGCCCGGCAGAGGACGUCGACAGAUGCUACAACUCAGCCUGCCCGGUGGACGGUGGCUGGUCGCCGUGGCAGCCCUGGUCCCCGUGCUCUGCCCCCUGCGGCCUCGGCGUGCAGUCGCGCGGCCGUGCGUGCAGCGACCCCGCGCCGCGCGAAGGGGGCCGGCCGUGCCCUGGCCCGCCCGCCGAGGUGCGCCGCUGCUUCGCGCGCCCGUGCACAGCAGCGAGCGCCCGCGAGGUGGCGGUGCUGCGCGGCGACGCGGCGCUCCUGUACCGCGCGCGCGGCCGGCCCACGCGGCUGCUGCAUCUGCACGUGCGCUUCCUGCCGCUGGCGCCGAGCGGCACGCUGGUGCACCGCCACGCGGCGGGCGGCGACCAUGUGCGCGUGGCGCUGCGGGCGGGCCGUGUGCUGCUGGCCGUGCGCGUCGCCGGCUGCUCGGCGUCCGUGCUGUCGCCCCGGCCGCUGCAGGUGGCGGAGUGGCACGAGGCCGUGGCGACGGUGACGGGCGCGCGGGCGACGCUGCGCAUUGACGACGCGGCCGAGCGCCAGACGCGGCAGCUGAGCUGCCGGCCGCGCGUGCUCGACCUGGACCACGCCACGAGGGUCGGCGACGGCUUCCACGGCCUCCUCCAGCUCCUGUCCGUCAACUACCGCGCGCUGCUUCUCCGGCCUCACACGCCGGAGCCCGCGCGGGCCGGGACGUCGCCGUAUGAGGCCGGAGGGGUGGCCUACCAGCCGGCCGAUCAAGAGGAAGGCUUUGUGCGUCUGGGUGGGCAGGCUGUUCACCUGCCGUGCCCUGCGCACGCCUCGCGCUGGCGGGUGGAGCUGGUAGCGAGGCCCGGCGCGGCGGACGGCGUGCUGCUGUACGUGCCGCUGGCCGCGCGCGGGGACUGCGUGUUGGCGACGCUGGAGGCGGGCCGCGCGGCGCUGCGCGUGUGGGAUGGUCCCGUGCGCGCAGAGCGGCUCGGCCCGCGCGAGGCGCUCCCCGGCCGCUGGCUGCACGUCACCGUGUGGCGGGACGCGGGCGUCGUCAUGGCCGUCGAUGGGCAGGUCCGGGCCACGCUUCCCGCCCCCGCGUCGCCCCUCACCUGCCACGCGGGCGCGCUGCUGGGGGACGCGCCCCGCCACGUCAAGGAGCUGCUGCGGAACGCGACCGGAGCCGAGGCGCCGCCCCCGCUGUCCGGCGUGUUGGCGUCCGUGGCCUUGGACGGCGCGGCGCUCGACGUGGCGGCCCUGCUCUCGGAGCAGCUCGUGACCGGGCAGUUGUCCUCGCGCUCCGCCACCUCCACCGAUGCGUACAGAGACGUGGCGGUGACGCUGGGCCGACCGGUGACCUUGAGCUGUGCGCACGGAGGCUCGGAGCGCGUCGCCUGGUACCAUCUGGACGUGCCCGUCACGCAGAGGCACGCGCUGGCCGGAGCACGGCUCAGCCUCGCCCUCGAUCCGCGCAUGCCCGAGGAGGGCUUCUACAGCUGCCGGCGAGAGCACGGCCGCGCCAUCGUCACGUACGGGGUGACCGUCGUCGACUCGGAGGCUGAGUGGGGGCAAGUGCCCACGCGGUUCGCCACGGUGGCGAGCGCGGUGGUCUGCGUCGCAUCGCUCGGCUUCACAGUCUUCGCCGUCUACACCUCCCUCACGUGCGACUGCGGUUUCAGCGUGCACAGCAGGCUGUGGAGGUGGCUGCACUGCAGAGACGCCUCGCCCGACAAGGUGUUGGCCAACCUGCUGGGCCAGCUGCGCGCCCCCGAGGCCAUGACGCUGCUCCGGUCCGAGUCGGCCGUGCUGUCGGCGGAAGCGCGGCUGCAGAGAUACGUGCUGCGCGACAUGCCCCUGCCGCCCACGCCCGAGGACUCUCGCAGCAAGUCCGCCAGCGAGGCAAUUAGGCGCAAGGACAUGCCAUCCGAGAACGCACGAGACACCAGGAUUCCAUGUGAAGAUGUUCCGAGAGAGACGUCUCCCAGCGAGAUUGCGAACAUCCAAAGUAAAGACCUCACCAACCAGGAGGCUGCAAGAGAACUGACCCUCAAUACUGAGAUCCCUUGUGAGACGUCACGGGGUGAGGAUGUCGUGAGUAAAGUGACAAGGAUUCGAGCAAGAAGCCUAGCGAGGCCACGCAAGAUCCCAAGCGAGGCAGCGGGCAAGAGGCUGCCCAGCGAGGAGGCCCCGAGGCGGACUGACCCCGUAGAGGAGUCCCCGGUGCCGCCGGCCCAGCUGCCAGCGAGGUCACUGUCCGUGACCAGCAUGCAGGUCCUGGUGGGCAGCGCCUGCCCGUCUCCCCGCCCGGCGACCGUGCCAGCAGAGAGCGACGGGCCGACAGCGUAGUCGCCGUGUCAGGGACUCGUCAGGAAGAAAGUGUCGGCCGCACACGCGACCCAUCACACCGAGGCAUGUGGUCUCAUGAGAUAAUUCAUCGCACAGACUUUCACCAACAAUUAAUAUAUGAUGGCGUAAUGAGCCAAUGAAACACAGCAUAUCUUACAGUUAAUGAUACUGUGACUUGCAUGCAGAAAUUCUAACUAAUUUAAGUAGAGUAGAUAAUUAAUUGUAAACACUGUUUUAUAUAUUUAAAUGUUCAGAAUAUAAGUAAUAAAUGUCACAUAAGUAA